AUGGUUGAAGGUGGAUGCCUCUGCGGUUCGAUCCGCAUCAAGUCCACUGGCGAGAUCAAGGCCAAGGCACUCUGCCACUGCCUCGACUGCCACAAGAUUACUGGCUCGCUGUUUUCAACCAAUCUUCUGGUUGCCGAUGAUGGCUUCUCAGUCACCAAAGGCACUCCCAAGCAAUUCUCCAAGACGGCCGAUAGCGGCAAGGCCAUCACCUCAUUCUUCUGCGGUGACUGUGGCUCGACGCUCUGGCGCCAGAGUGAUACAUACGCCGGUUUGAAGAUCAUCAAGGCUGGCACUUUGGACGGCAAUGCUCUUGAGGAUGCCAACCCGGCUGUCGAAUUGUUCGUCGUGAAUAGGCCGUCUUGGCUGCCAGCUUUUGCCGGCGCCGUGCAAAAUGACGCGGCCUAA